GGAUGAGGAAGGCGGAGCACCGUGUUUGGUGGCGCGCUCUUGGAAAGGCCUAUGUCCAGCGGUGGACGUUUACAGGCUGAUGGAUGGAUGGAUGGAUGGAUAUAGCUACCUAUUAUAUGGUUUAAUUUAUCGCCAUUCUGUCGUAGAUUUCACAUUAAAAUAGAUCAUUCAUACCUUAAAAUUAAUUAUAGCAUAUAGCAAACCAAUGUAUUUGAUAUUAUAAAUUAACCAAUUUAAUUUUUUAGAUUUCAUCUAUUCAUUUAUCAUUCCAAAUUAUUCUUUUGUCGAUAUCAAUUAUUUUAAAUUCAGAGAUAGGCGCUACUGGUUGCACCACCGUUAAUUCUGUUGCAACCAUUAUAACAAAAUAAAUUCUUAGAAGCUAAAAGGUAUGUAGUUAAACAAACUGAUGAUUGACCUAAUUGUGUACAUACAAACUCAUUCGUCCAAGACUCUCGGACGAGAGCGUUGCGUACUCCGAAAAUAGCUGAAGCUUUCGUACAUUUUAACUAAAUGCCUGAAGAACGCAAUGUAAUGGAUUCAACAAACGCGGACGGGAAGGAAAGUGUAGUGAAUAGAAGAAAACAGAGUGUGUUCGAAAAGCCUCUGGAUUUGGAUGAUGUUUUAGUGAACGAGCUUGGGCAGCUUGGCUGGUUUCAGCUGCGAAUCAUUUUAUUGGUUACUAUACCGAUUAUAAUGGCUGCAUUUAUGAGUGAAUAUAUAUUUUCUGCUGCUGCAAUACCACACAGGUGCUGGAUACCAGAAUGUAAUGAAACUAGUAAGGAACACAAAUAUGACCCUGAGUGGAUACUAAACGCGGUGCCGCAAACGAGUUCUGGAUUCUCCAGCUGUCAAAGGUUUGCCUUUCGGACUCUUGGUGCUUAUGGUACCCUGGACAGCUGCCCAGCUGUGUUGUUCGAUCAGUCCAAAAUUGAAGAAUGUCAAGGUUAUGUUUACGAAAAUAACAAUUCAGUUGUUUUUGAUUUUGACCUCGGUUGCCGAGACUGGCUACGAGCUUUCGCCGGCACGCUGAACAGUAUCGGCAUCUUGCUAGCCAUGCCCAUCACGGGCUACAUCUCGGAUCGCUUUGGCCGCAGAUUCGCACUCGUGGUCAACGUGAUUAACCUCAGCCUGAUUGGCCUGAUUAAAGCCUUCUCCGUUAACUACACCAUGUAUAUGAUACUGCAGAUUGUGCAGACCACACUAGGCGCUGGCACUUUCAGCUCUGCUUAUAUUUUUGCCGCUGAACUUGUCGGUCCAAAAUAUCGCGUGCUAACAAGUGCCACGUUAUCAUCAAUAUUUGCAAUAGGGCAAGUAAUUCUUGGUGUAGUGGCGUGGCUGAUCCAACCUUGGAGGUACAUGCUCGUGGCCCUGCACAUACCAGGGUUCAUCAUAAUAGCAUAUUACGGAAUAUUGUCCGAGAGCAUCCGAUGGCUCAUUUCAAAAAGAAGAUUUGAGGAGGCGAAAAAGGUUUUGCAGACUGUAGCGAGAGUUAAUGGGACACAAAUAAGUGAGAAGUCUUUGCAAGCUCUCAUGAGUUCUUCUGAAUCCCCACCACCUAAAUUAAAUGACGGAAGCCCAAGUCUGAUCCGUUCAAUUCUACGCUCACCAAUAUUAUUGAGACGAGUUUGCACGACGCCGGUUUGGUGGAUCACCACAAUCUUUGUCUACUACGGUCUAUCCAUCGACUCUACCAGCCUCUCCGACACCAUAUACUUGAACUACAUCCUGACUUGCGCUAUAGAGAUUCCUGGCUUCUAUACAGCUGUGUUCCUUUUGGAUAGAUACGGAAGAAAAGCUACCAUAUCCUCUGGAUUCUUUUUUAGUGCCGCUUGCAAUAUUAUUUUUGUUUUCAUUCCUAGUAAUUUGUCCGUGUUUCGACUGAUUGUCUUCCUGUUGGGAAAGUUCGGCAUAUCGAUGGUGAUGACAUCGCUUUACCUGUACACCUCGGAACUGUAUCCUACAGAGUUCCGACACAGCCUCCUCGCUUUCUCAUCCAUGAUCGGACGAAUUGGGUCUAUCACUGCUCCACUUACUCCUGUACUUAUGGACUAUUGGCACGGCAUCCCGUCAAUGAUGUUCGGUGGUAUGGGCAUCCUCUCUGGUCUGCUGGUGCUCACGCAGCCUGAGACUCUGGGAACUAAAAUGCCGGACACCUUAGCAGAGGCUGAAGCUCUAGGCAAACCUGAAUCAAAGCUGCAGCAUCCCAAACUCAUUAGUAAAAGACUAGUGGUUGAAGGCACUAGUCAAAUUACGAACACGAUGGAGCCUCAAAAUGGUUUGAAUAAAAUGGAGAGUCCAACAUUGGAUCGAAAAGAGGAUCUGAAAAAUGGACGUGAGCCUGUAACUGAAAAACCAGUAUCUUUAGAUGAUGUACUUACAAAUGAACUGGGACAAUUCGGGCGGUUUCAAUUGAGGAACUUCCUUCUAGUGGCCGUGCCAAUUAUAAUGUCCGCUUUUAUGAGUGAAUUCAUUUUCUCCGCUGCAGCGAUUCCUCACAGAUGUCGGAUACCGGAGUGUGGUGAAAGUGGCAAAAGACACGAAUUUGAACCCAAAUGGAUCUCAAACGCGAUACCUGCAUCGGGGUCAGGAUUCUCCAGCACCCAGAGAUUCGCUCCCAGCAACAUUGGCGUGAACGGCUCUUUGGACAACUGUCCUGCUGAGCUUUUUAACCCAAAUGUCUUAAUUAGUUGCGAUGGAUUUGUUUACGCUAGAUUUGAUUCAGUAGUUUAUGAUUUUGAUUUGGGAGGUCAGGAAUGGUUGCGAGCUUUAUCAGGCACCUUGAACAGUGUCGGUACAUUGUUAGUGCUACCUAUAACGGGCUACAUCUCAGAUCGCUUCGGUCGCAGGAUCGCUCUCGUCAUUAGUGUGUUCAACUUGGCCACCAUUGGUCUUAUCAGAGCUUUCUCUGUUAACUACCCGAUGUAUUUGGCUCUACAAAUUAUUCAGACCACUUUGGGUGCAGGAACUUUCAGUUCUGCGUAUAUUUUUGCUGCUGAGUUGGUUGGCCCUAAAUAUCGUGUAGUAUCCAGUGCCACAUCAACAUCGAUGUUUGCGUUGGGACAAGUCAUCCUUGGCGGCGUAGCUUGGCUGAUUGAACCAUGGAGAUACAUGAUCAUGGCUCUCCACAUCCCCUGCUUCCUCAUCAUCUCGUACUACUGGAUCCUCAGCGAGAGUGUCAGGUGGCUACUGGCCAAACGGAAAUUCGAUGAAGCCAAAAUAGUUUUGGAGAAAGUAGCUAAAGUUAAUAGGAAACAGAUAAGUGAAAAAUCCAUGCAAGGGCUGUUAAAUCCUCCGCAAACAUCUGACCAAACUAAGGAGGGAAGCCCUAGUCUCAUCAAGGUUAUAAUCAGCUCUCCAGUCUUACUCAGACGAGUAUGUACCACUCCUAUCUGGUGGAUAACUGCCACCUUCGUCUACUACGGCCUGUCCAUCAACUCCACCAGCCUCUCCGACACAAUGCAUCUGAACUACAUCUUGACGUGUGCGAUCGAGAUCCCAGGGUUCUAUACGGCUGUGCUGAUUUUGGACAGGAUUGGAAGGAAGGCUACUUUGUGCAUAGCGUUCUUCUUUAGCGCGGGUUGUAAUAUUGCCUUCGUUUUCAUUCCAAACGAUCUGUACGUGUUACGGCUGGUAAUCUUCCUGUUGGGUAAAUUCGGUAUAUCGACGGUGAUGACGUCAGUGUACCUGUACACGUCAGAGCUGUACCCUACGGAGUACCGCCACACCUUGCUCGCCUUCUCGUCGAUGGUGGGACGCCUCGGCUCCAUCACCGCACCUCUCACUCCUGUACUUAUGCAAUACUGGCACGGCAUUCCAUCCAUGAUGUUCGGUGGCAUGGGCAUUCUCUCUGGUUUCCUGGUUCUGACGCAGCCUGAGACUCUGGGCACUAAGAUGCCCAAUACCCUGGCCGAGGCUGAAGCUUUAGGGAAACCAGAAUCUAAGAUUGAACGCCCAAGUUGAAUUUUAUGUCUCAAACUUUUGGAUUUAACUAGAUAUAAUUAUGUGAGUGUUGUGCGUUACGAUAAGAAUAGGAUUUAAAAUGUAAAUAAGUAGAGAAUACAAAAUCAAUCUGAACAAUAUUAAAAACUAACUAAUACCCAGAUGUGUUGAUAUUUAUAUAUAUUUCUGUUUUGAGUCAAUCAUCAUUAAAUUCUUAUCAUCUAAAUCUACAAGCUUUUUCAGAAGACGAUUCAACUUUGUUCUUUGUUGUAAUUUAUAUAUUUUAGGUAUUUAUAUUGUAUAAAUUUCGUAAUGCAGCUGUGUUUUAACAGUUAUUAGAAUGACCAUUGAUAGACCAAUAGCUAAUAUUUUUGUAAAUCAAGACCGUAGUUAUAUGUAGGUAUAAUAAAUUAACAUUAUAUUAGAUAGAUGCCAAAAAAAUACAGAUUAUUAUGAAAAAUAAUUGAAUAUUAAUCGAUUUGUAAUUAAUUUAGUCAUAGAAUUUCCGUGAUUGAUACAUAGGUAUUAGAUAUUCAAUCGAUUGAUCAAAAGUGAAGAUAAUCUGUAUUGAUCGUUUAAAACGUCACGGAUUAUCAACCGUUAUCAGAACUAAUACUAUAGUUGCCACACGUUUGUAUCUUUUAAUUUUAUCAAUACAUAUUUUGUUCAUGAUCAAUUUAUCAAUUAUUAUUGUUACUAUACAAUCAGAAAACGUACCAGGUGCACCUGGCAUUUAGAAUUGUGAAGCAUUAAUUAGUUAGUUACAAAGAAAUUUAAGUUUCUAAUUCCAUGAGCAUUCAUGAUUUAUUGUUAUAUUUAGAUUAUACUUAUGGUUAUAAAUGUUGAGGCAUGUAACGAAAAUUCCGAUAGUGGUUCGAUAGUUUUAUUCAAACUAAUAUUGAUAAUACUUGAGUAGGUAAAAGUUAAUUAAAUGUUUUAGAUAGACGCAAUGUUUAAAAUAAAUGUAAUUUAAUA